CGCUACCUAAGGUAACGGCUGUACGGACGGAUGGAUCAAUUUUUCGUAGUAUUUCGUCCCCCCACGGGGUUUUUUACUUAGGUGGGAGAAUGUGGGAGGACCACAAGUGUGGAAAAACAGAAGAUGGGGGAGUUGAUAAAUUGUGGUGCUUAUCAAAUCUCCAGCUUAUCAUAUUUUCAAGUCACGUGUUAGCGUGUCAGCAUGUACCUAAUUUCCCUAUGUCCCUAUAUAAAAGGUUUAGUGGUCAGCUACCAGCUACAAAAGUUGUUUCGAGUACCUAAUUUAACAAAGCAUGGUCGCCAAAUGCAAGACGGUAAAAAAAUAUCACCACUCUCGCUAUCGGAUAGAGUCUAUUUCUUGUAGCUCCAAUUGAAACAAUGCAUCCCCUCCAUUUCCUUGUGUUUAAUUGAGUAAAUUGGCAUGCUUCUUGUAAUUAGAUACUUGUGUGCUUGUGAACAUUACAAAUUAGGUUUGAAAAAAAGCCUUUGGAGAAAUAAACUUUGCUAUGGCUUGGCACUACAUAGUACACCAGAGCGCGAAACGGUACCUAGAGAUUUCCAAACAGUUGGCUCCACUAGGUAAUGCCUGGACCCCGAAAAGUUAGGUAAGCCCGGACCGAAACCUCAACUUGUCAUCAUCUCCGUCGCGUGCCAAAGAUCUCUCCAAAAAUGGAACAUUGAGCUAUCAUCAAUGGUAUAACCAUGACUAACAAAGCAAUUGCCUCCAAGGAUGGCAAUGGUGAAAAGUUGCACCCCAAUAAAAUUCCAAAGCAGGGUUCCGCAGUUCAUGGCGCAUCCCUACUUAUCAUUCUCCAGAUCGCGUCGCGCGCCGUCACUUUUGUCGCCAAUCAGCUGCUACUCCGUUUCCUCACUGCUCAACUGCUAGGAGUCUCGACUCAGCUCGAAGUUUACUACAUAUCCGUACUAUUCUUCGCCCGCGAGAGCUUGCGCGUAGCUAUCCAGCGACAAGAGAGCCCCUCGUCCGCUUCUAAUUCCACUUCUGAUUCUACCGACAACCACUCCCGAGCCGAAAAUGUGAGAGACAGCCAAUCUGUCGUGAACAUUGCCCACAUAUCCCUUCUGUUGGGAUUGGGAGCUUCCGCAGGGCUUGGAUGGGCCUAUCUAAGCUAUGUCGACGUAGCUACCGCUUCUACACCAUAUCUUGAUGUCUCUCUUCGCAUAUACGCCGUCGCCGCUAUCGUAGAACUACUUUCCGAGCCCGCCUUCGUCAUACUACAAUAUCGAUUGCGAUUUGGGCCUCGCGCCGCGGCCGAGUCUGUCGCUACGUUUCUACGAUGUCUAAUAACAUUUGGCGCGGCCAAUUGGGCUUGGAAGAAGGGUUUGGAAAUUGGCGUUUUGCCUUUUGCUCUGGGACAAUUGGCUUACGGCACGGGUCUUCUCGCCGUCUACGCUUGGUAUGGCGCACGAUUAGCAUCGGAUGAAGGAUUCUCUGUCUUCCUGAGGCAAAAUACUCCUUCGAAACAAGAGACGGACGCGAAAUCCAAGACCACACGAGCCCCUGACGCCAAUUACGUCUUGGGAUAUUUUUAUAGGCCAACCCUACAGCUUGCCUAUAGUUUGACAGCUCAAUCUUUUGUCAAACACAUCCUAACUCAAGGCGACACCUUUCUAGUUUCUAUCCUGUCCGACCCGAGAUCCCAGGGCGUUUAUGCUCUCGCCAAUAAUUACGGGAGCCUAUUAGCGCGUCUGGUCUUCCAACCUAUCGAAGAGAGCAGUCGAAAUUAUUUUAGCAAAUUACUCUCAUCCGCCAAGAGCUCCCCCGAAGAGCAAGCCAUCGCUAAGGCGCGCUCGGAUCUUGAAGCCCUACUGAAGUUUUACGUCCUCCUAAGCAUCGUGGUCGUCACCGUGGGUCCUUAUGCUGCGCCUCUGCUGGUUCAAAUCGUUGCCGGAACUAAAUGGUCGGCUAGCGGAGCCGGGGCCGUAUUGGCUCGAUAUUGCUUAUACAUCCCGCUCUUGGCUAUCAACGGCGUCGCGGAAGCGUUCGUAUCGUCGGUCGCUACGGAAUCCGAGGUACACCGCCAGAGUUCGUGGAUGGUUGCUUUUAGCCUAGCAUUUGGCAUCGCCGGCUUCGUCUCGCUGCGAGUUUUGGACCUGGGUGCUGUCGGCCUCGUGUACGCGAACAGCAUCAACAUGCUAUGUCGUAUCGUCUGGAGCGGGAGCUUUAUCUCGCGAUAUUUCAGAGCCAACGGAGUAGACUUUAGCUGGAGUAGUGUCCUUCCAAGCGGCCUGGCUUUCCUAGUUGUUGCUACAGCGGCGUUCUGGGCUUCCCUGAUGAGAGCUGGGAUUUCUGUCGGGAGCACAUCACCGCACGUAUUUACAGAUCUCGUUACCGUCGCAACUAGAGCUGUACCAUUCGUAAUUAUCAUCGCUUACACCGAACGCAAGUAUCUGUUAGACUCCUAUCAUUCUAUUCGCGGCCGUGGUAGAGUCUCAAGGUAACGUGUAAAAUCCACGGAUAGCCCAAUUUCAUAGAAAGUAAUGCUCCUAAGCCCUCAUACUACUUAAUCGAAUGUGAUUUUUGUUCCUUUCUUCGUCAUGUCCACAUCUUUAAAGAAAGCGCCGAAAGUGCUGUGGGUCUUCUUCUUGACGACCGUGCCAAACUUCAAGAGUUCUUCAGGUACCGGCUGUCCAGCGGCCUUGAGAAUAUUGAUAAGUCUGGGAGAAGCAUUAGUAGAAGACCUGACGCGAUAAUUAAUAAUAAACUUACUCUCCAGAA